AUGUCGUUCAAAGGGCCGCGCAAGGGGUUCCUGGAGGUGUUUAAAUUCGCGUGCUACGUGGGAAUCCCUAUCGCCAUGAUGGUUACUUUCGCCAACAACCAGGACAACCUCGAGGCUAUCAUCCGCAACGUGAGAGCAUCAUGCAACAGACCAGUGUGUGCGUCAGGGUUGGGGUUGUGCUUGAGGCCGCUUGAGUGCAUCCCCAUUCUCAUCGCCAUGGUGGUCACGUUCGCCAACAACCAGGACAACCUCGAGGCUAUUAUCGGAAACAGGGCAUACGUGAUCUACCCGCCUGAAGGCCCUCGCCCGCCCACAGCGGAGGAGGCAGCAGCAGCAUCAGGAAACAGCAGGAGGGUGAGUGGUUUAGAUUUUAGAAAAGGCAGGAGAAGGGGCAGCGGGGUGAGAGUAGGCAGGCUGGCGAGCAGGGAAGGCUGGAGGAGCGCAGAGGGAAGCAGGUUGGCGGGCAGUGAUGGGGGGAGUGGCGCAGAGGGAAGCAGUGGGCCAGAGGCAGGAGUGGGCAGCAAGGUGAGGGGGGGUCAGGCCGGAGGGCAGGGAAGGCUGGAGGGGCGCAGAGGGAAGCAGAGGGCCAGAGGCAGGAGUGGGCGGCAGGGGGGGGGGAAGUCACCAGAAGCCAAACCCCGGGCGAGGCGAGGAGGUGGGGGGUCUGGUCUGGCGCAGAAGCGGCAGCAGGCGGAUGAGAGCAGGCUGGGGGGCAGUGAGGGGGGGAGUGGUGCAAAGAGAAGCAGAGGGCCAGAGGCAGGAGUGGGCAGCAGGGGGGGAAGUCACCAGAAGCCAAACCCUGGGCGAGGCGAGGAGGUGGGGGGCCUGGCGAAGAGGCGGCAGCAGGCAGAGCGGAGCAGGCUGGGUGGCAGCAAGGGGUGGAGGAGGGGCGCAGAGGCAGCAGGGCAACGCGAGGCAGGUUGGGGGCAGUGGAAGGGGGAGGGGCGCAGACGGCCCGCAAUCAUACUAAUUACUAGCCCGGCCCCGCCAGCUCCUCCAGCACCUCCCGCUCCUCCCGCACCCCCUGGGCCUCCGGCGCCACCUGUGCCACCUACGCCUCCUGUGCUUCCCCCGGGCUUUGUCGACUGGCGCACCACACCUCCGUUUGACCCGGUCGAGGAGGAGGGGUUUCCCGAACCUGUCGCCGAGGAUGCCGAGAACGAGAACGUGGAAGACGACGUCGGGGAUUUCCCGAUCCCGACGUUCCCGGAUGACUUGCUCCACGACGAGAACGGGCCGCCUGCCAACGUUGACGGUGCUCCAACGCAACACAGCGCCCGCAAGACUACCCACCGACGCACGGCACGAACCAUGGGUGAGAAGCAUGAAUGGCUCGCGCGAAUGGAUGAGGAUAAGCUCUCCGUCCGCGCCACUGCACGACUCGCCGGGGUGCAGCCUGUCAGCGUCCGCCGGUGGAUAAAGUCGGCGGAACGGAUUAAGAAGGCAGCACCAACCAGGCGCCGACUGAGUGGUGGAGGGCGAAAGGCGAAAUAUCCCGACAUGGAAGCGCACGUCUACAAGCGGCUUCUGAACUUCCGCGGAGGGGCUUUGGCCGUGCCUAUUCGACUCAUCAAGCAUUGGAGCCGGUGCUACAUGAAGACGCAUUACCCUGAUGCGAGGUGGCAGGCGUCCAACAGGUGGACGUUUCGCUUCCGCCAGCGUUUGGGCCUCUCCAUCCGCGUAAAGACGAAGAUGGGUCAGCGUAUGGCCGCGGAUGUGCACGUCGCCCCUGAGGUGGAGGAGUGGGUGAACCCACUGUUCGCCACCGCCGCGGAUGAUGAGGAGGCGGCAAAGGCAGCAGAUGCUGAGGAUGCCGGGGACCUGCAGGAGCUCCUAGGAGGAGGAGGAGGAGGAGGAGGAGGAGGAGGAGGAGGAGGAGGAGGAGGAGGAGGAGGAGGAGGAGGAGGAGGAGCUGGAGGAGGGUGA